AUGAAGUCAAUAAACCCCAGAAUGAAAGUUCUUCUGUCGGUGGGAGGACCGGAACAAAGUUCAGAACUUUUCCUUGACAUGCUGUCCUCCCGAGACAGCAUCUUACAGUUUGCGACGAAUGUAGUAGAGUACUUGCGAAAAUAUGGAUUCGAUGGUAUUGACAUAGCCUGGGAGUUCCCCGGGAAUAGUUUACCAUCCCCUGAUCUCUACACACAGCUCAUUCGUGAAUUACGAACAGCAUUUAACGCCGAAGCAGACGCACAAGGAAACGACCGACUGCUGCUAGCCGUAACAUUGGCUUCUACGAAGGGCACCAUAGAUGCCUCCUAUGAUAUACCGUCGAUAGAACCGUAUAUUGAUUAUGCGAAUAUACUCUCAUACAACUAUCAUAACCACUGUCAAAAUGUGACCGGAUUGAACGCUCCAUUAUACAGCAGCCAAGAAGAACGAAUCAUGGGCAGAGGAGCAGAGCAGUUGAAUCAGAACUGGACAGUGAAUUAUUUUAUAGAUUUGGGAUUACCUCCCGAUAAGAUAAAUUUAGGAAUACCAACGUUCGGAUUGAAAUUCUCUCUGGAGCACGUGGCCAACAAGGGAGUUGGUUCUCCAACUAACAUCCCGCUAAACUGUCUGCCAGAUGAUGACAGGGUUCCGUACUAUCAGACAUGUGACGGUCUAUCUGCACGUGACCAGAGCCGGAGAUGGGUGGAUGCUUACGACAAUGAGCAAGAAGCUCCUUAUGCGUCUUACGGCAAGGAGUGGAUAACAUACGAGAGUACAAGGAGUAUCCAACAAAAGGCGGAGUUCAUCGUGGACAACUCGUUAGGGGGAGCAAUGGUGUGGUCUCUAGAUCGAGAUGAUUUCUCCAACAGCUGUGGUGAGGGAAACUUUCCACUUCUUAAUACACUCCAGGAAACAUUAGGCCCAACGGUCCAGUUGUGUGUGACGCCAUCAACACCCGGUACAACACCACAACGGACCGCAUUGUCCCAGGAAACGACAAUGAAAACAACAUCCGCCUUCAAAACAACUACUCAGCCACUCAUCACAACGACGCCAACAACCGCAACUGCACCAACACGGGCGAGCACGGUCUCUCAGGACUGUGCUCAGACGAACUACAGGAUGGUGUGCUACGUAACCAAGAGGGAUUACUUCCCCCCUCUGUACUAUCCGGAUAUAGACGUCAACCUGUGCACUCAUCUCAUUUAUGCUUUCGCUUCUUUGAAUGAAAACACCAUCAGCGUUGAAACAACUGCUGACACACAAGUUUACCACGAAGUAUUGGCGCUUCGUUCACAGAACCCUAAUCUGAAGGUUUUACUGUCCAUUGGUGGGUGGAAUCAUCUUCAGGCUCCUUUUAAUGAUCUGGUUUCAAGUGACACCAACAUAGAUGAAUUUGCUCAAUCUGCAAUUGGUUUUCUGCGAAAUGAAACCUUUGACGGUCUAGAUCUCGCAUGGCUCUUUCCCUCAGCAUCUCAAGUGCCGUCUAUUCAGACUAAGUUUACUGCAUUACUAGAGGCUUUAUAUAAAGCUUUCUCAGAGGAAGCUAUGAGUAUUCCAACGUCCCGUUUGUUGCUGACUGUAGCCACGGGAGCCAAGAAGGAGGUGAUUGACGGCUCAUACAUUAUUCCAGAAUUACAAAGGUACGCUGAUUUUGUGAAUGUUUUAGCGUUUGACUAUCACUUAAGGUGUGCAGACCGCACUGGUAUGAAUGCGCCACUGUAUGCUGGCACUGGGGAACUGACGCAACUAAACCAGAACUGGACCGUAAACUACUACCUGAAUAAUGGUCUGUCCCGGGGAAAACUGGUCAUGGGAAUACCCGUCUAUGGACGCCAGUUUCGCUUGGCUAACCAAAUGAACAACGGUCCAGGACAACUAACGACCGGUGUUGAGUCCACCUGUCGGCGCAAUAGUGGUAUCACUCCGUAUUUUUUGAUAUGUAACGCGCUAUCCGGGUACCAGACGGCCUGGGAUAACGUAAGGAGAGUGCCAUUUGCCUACAACACCAAGCUAGUCUGGCUGACGUACGACAACGAGAGAAGUGUUAGAGAGAAGGCAAAUUUUAUCAAGAGAGAAGACUUAGGUGGAGCAGUUGUUUGGUCUCUCAAUGAGGAGGAUUUUUCAGGAUCUUGUGGAGCUCAGGCAUACCCCUUAGUCAACACGAUUAGAUGUACUUUGUCAGAGUCGGGAUCUUCCUCUAGCACAACCACCAAAUCAACAGGCACAACCACAAAGUUUACAGGGUCUACCACCAAGUUUACCGGCUCUACCACCAAAUCAACAGGCACAACCACAAAGUUUACAGGGUCUACCACCAAGUUUACCGGAUCUACCACCAAAUCAACAGGCACAACUACAAAGUUUACAGGGUCCACACUGCCUACAACCCCUGUGGUGUGCAAUGGACCACCCAGAAAUGCUAACGAACCACAAAAUUUUACCCAGCUUUGUACCAAUAACACGGAUUUGUUGCCAUACAACCCAGACUGUACACGUUUUGUUCAAUGUGAACCCGAUGGAUGGGUCAUAAAAAACUGUUCUGCUUGUCUGUACUUCAACCGUGGGAAUAGUGUCUGUGACUUCCCAGAAAACGUAAUGGAUUGUACGCGCCAAACUACUAAAUCGACUGGAUCUACAACAAAAUCGACAGGCACAACCCCCAAAUUUACUGGGUCUACAACAAAAUCAACAGGUCCCACCACUGAAUAUACAGGGUCAACCACAAAAUCGACAGGCACAACCACCAAGUUCACUGGGUCUACCACCAAAUCAACAGGUACAACCGCAAAGUUUACAGGGUCUACCACCAAGUUUACCGGCUCUACCACCAAAUCAACAGGCACAACCACAAAGUUUACAGGGUCUACCACAAAAUUUACAGGCUCUACCACCAAAUCAACAGGCUCAACCACCAAGUUUACUGGAUCCACACUGCCUACAACCCCUGUGGUGUGCAAUGGACCACCCAGAAAUGCAAACGAACCACAAAAUUUUACCCAGCUUUGUAUCAAUAACACGGAUUUGUUGCCAUACAACCCAGACUGUACACGUUUUGUUCAAUGUGAACCCGAUGGAUGGGUCAUAAAGAACUGUUCUGCUUGUCUGUACUUCAACCCUGAAAAUAGUGUCUGUGACUUCCCAGAAAACGUAAUGGAUUGUACGCGCCAAACUACUAAAUCGACUGGAUCUACAACAAAAUCGACAGGCACAACCCCCAAAUUUACUGGGUCUACAACAAAAUUCACAGGACCCACCACUGAAUAUACAGGGUCAACCACAAAAUCGACAGGCAUAACCACCAAGUUCACUGGGUCUACCACCAAAUCAACAGGCACAACCGCAAAGUUUACAGGGUCUACCACCAAGUUUACUGGAUCUACCACCAAAUCAACAGGCACAACCACAAAGUUUACAGGGUCUACCACAAAAUUUACUGGCUCUACCACCAAAUCAACAGGUUCAACCACAAAGUUUACUGGAUCCACACUGCCUACAACCUCUGUGGUGUGCAAUGGACCACCCAGAAAUGCAAACGAACCACAAAAUUUUACCCAGCUUUGUACCAAUAACACGGAUUUGUUGCCAUACAACCCAGACUGCACACGUUUUGUUCAAUGUGAACCCGAUGGGUGGGUCAUAAAGAACUGUUCUGCGUGCCUGUACUUCAACCCUGGAAACAGCGUCUGUGACUUCCCAGAAAACGUAAUGGACUGUAUGCGUCAAACUACAAAAUCAACUGGGUCUACCACAAAAUCGACAGGCACAACCACCAAGUUUACUGGGUCUACAACAAAAUCAACAGGCACAACCGCAAAGUUUACAGGGUCUACCACCAAGUUUACUGGAUCUACCACCAAAUCAACAGGCACAACCACAAAGUUUACAGGGUCUACCACAAAAUUUACUGGCUCUACCACCAAAUCAGCAGACUCAACCACCAAGUUUACUGGGUCCACACUGCCUACAACCUCUGUGGUGUGCAAUGGACCACCUAGAAAUACAAACGAACCACAAAAUUUUACCCAGCUUUGUGCCAAUAACACGGAUUUGUUGCCAUACAACCCAGACUGUACACGUUUUGUUCAAUGUGAACCCGAUGGGUGGGUCAUAAAAAACUGUUCUGCGUGCCUGUACUUCAACCCUGGAAACAGCGUCUGUGACUUCCCAGAAAACGUAAUAGACUGUACGCGUCAAACUACAAAAUCAACUGGGUCUACCACAAAAUCGACAGGCACAACCACCAAGUUUACUGGGUCUACAACAAAAUCGACAGGACCCACCACUGAAUAUACAGGGUCAACCACAAAAUCGACAGGCACAACCACCAAGUUUACUGGGUCUACCACCAAAUCGACAGGCACAACCACCAAGUUCACUGGGUCUACCACCAAAUCGACAGGCACAACCACCAAAUUUACUGGAUCUACAACAAAAUCGACAGGACCCACCACUGAAUAUACAGGGUCAACCACAAAAUCGACAGGCACAACCACCAAGUUUACUGGGUCUACAACAAAAUCAACAGGCACAACCGCAAAGUUUACAGGCACAACCACCAAGUUCACUGGGUCUACCACCAAAUCGACAGGCACAACCACCAAGUUCACUGGGUCUACAACAAAAUCGACAGGAACAACCACCAAGUUUACUGGCUCUAGUACCAAGUCUACAACUCCAUCUACUGCCAGUACCAGCCAAAAACCAUGCUACAGUCCUCAGAGGCCUCGAAAUUCUCAGGAUGUCCAAAAUUUCGAUGAAAUGUGCUUUCACAACAAACUGAUCCAAUAUAACCCUGACUGUAGACGAUACGUCCACUGUGAAUAUUCCUCCUGGUCCAUCAUGACCUGUCCUGAUUGUCUGUACUUCAGCAGUCAAAGUAAUGUUUGUGAAUACCCCGAAGAUGUUCCCGACUGCCAAGACCCCAUACCAGUGAUUACAACCACCACUGCUAGUCCUUCAACUGCAAAAAAAUGUACAGCACCAGCCAAACCACGAGCGUCCACUCAGUCGCAAGAUUUUGUAACUCUUUGUCGACUAGCGGGAGACAAUGCCCACCUCCCUUUAAACACUGACUGUGGCUCCUUCGUCCAGUGUACAUUCUCCAACAUCGGUAUUUACCACGUGAAACGGUGUCCGGAAUGCCAGUACUUUCACAUAGACUCAAGUCGUUGCGAGUUGCCAGGCGUAGUCACAGAUUGCCAGUCUGCAGCAUCAGUCGAUAUCACCGCACCCCUGAAGGCCCCCUCUACACCAGAUCAGUGUGAUCUGGACGGAUCCUUUGGACACGCACGGAGAGGCUUCCGUCUAGUACAAAAUUUCCACGCUCUGUGUUUGGUUGACGGCCAGGUGAUCCCCGUGUAUAAUGACUGUUCCUGCUAUGUUAUGUGCAAAGGCGCUGGUGUCUGGACACUCGCUGUCUGUCCCAAUGGCCAGUUUUACGACACAAAUGGCAAAUGUAUCCCCCAAGACCAAGUAACGCUAUGCAAUUGAGUAAUCC